CACCAUUAUUAUUAUGUUAUACGUUUCAUGUAUGUGUGGCUCUUAUCACUUGACAAUCCCCUUUGAUUACAAUCAAUAAUCAUUAAUCAAUAUUAUGCUCCACCCUCUUUCCUCUCUCUUUCCCCACCACUUUGCACAACCAGCCACCACACACUAACUCCCCCAAAGAAAAAAAACCAGAAAAAAACAAAUCCCCCAUCCAUCCAACACAAUAUGUCGCUGAAUGAUCAACUGCAACUAGCCAUCGCAAGCACCAGCCACCAUGAUGAAGAAGAAGAACACGUUAGGGACAUCCACGCUCUGAGCCCGCCCCCAGUACCCCCGCCGCCGGAGAACAACCGUGCCGCCCGCCUCAGAUCCUCGUCGUCUCUCUCCAUCGCUAGCACAGAAGGCGCGCCGUCGGAGAACUUCACCACCAUGAGCCGGGAGUUUAACGCCCUGGUCCUCGCCGGAUCCUCUUUUAAUCCCAACAACGUUAAUGGCGCCGAACAUGACGGCGGCCCCAACAACCAGCUGGGACGGAUUGGGGAGGAUGAACCCCCGGAACAGGAGACCAACCCUCUAGCGAUUGUGCCGGAUAUGGCGUCCUCGUCGCCUCGACGCGGCGGAGCCGCCGCCGGUGGGGCUUCCACUGUGAGCGGCGAAGUAACGGUGCAGAGGGUGAAGAAAGAGGAGGUUGAGUCGAAGAUUAGCGCGUGGCAAACUGCGAAAAUUGCAAAGAUCAAUAACAGGUUUAAGCGGGAAGAUGCGAUCAUUAAUGGGUGGGAGAGUGAAGAAGUUCAGAAAGCAAAUUCUUGGAUGAAGAAAGUUGAGAGAAAACUGGAAGAGAAGAGAGCGAAAGCAUUAGAAAAGAUGCAAAACGACAUAGCAAAAGCGCGAAGAAAAGCAGAAGAAAGAAGGGCAUCGGCUGAGGCAACGAGGGGAACAAAGGUGGCAAGAGUUCUUGAGAUAUCCAACCUCAUGAGAGCUGUGGGUAGAGCUCCUGUCAAGCGUUCCUUCUUCUAGCUAGCUAGCUUCCUUUCUUAAUUAGCUUAUUUCUAUUUCUAUUUCUAUUAGUAUACAAUAAAUAAUAUGCAUAUAGGGUGACCCUUUUCUCAUUUUUACCACUCACUGGGUACCCUAUUUUGCAUGCCUUGAUGAAAAUUAAAAGAUGAGAAGAAUAUAAUGGAGUGCAUGAAAUGAAAGUGUAUGUGUGCUAGAUAGCUUAAUUAGCUUGUAAUUGAUCUGGUCAUGAACUCCUGUGAGUGUUGAGUCUUGGUUUGGUUUGGUUUGUACAGAUUUUUGGAUACCUACCAUCCACGUACAUGUAAUUUCUAAACACUUUGUUUGGUUGCUCCACCACUCAUCUCAUCAUCAUCACCAUUAUUUUCACUUUGA